GGGCAGCUGGCUAGGGUUGUCCAAUGCCCUAAUGAAGAGCAGGUAGCAGCUGGAGAGAGUGGCCAAGUACCUUGGCCAAACAGCAACUGUUGGACUGCAAUACUCCGCGGCGGCACAAAGGCGUCAAAAGGGGGCGGAUGGAGUCGAACCCGGGAGGCUCUUUCUCACCGCCUUCACUGAUGCAUCUUGGGCAUCAGAACCAGAGGACAUGACAAGUGUGGGAGGCUUCAUCUGCUGUGUUGGUGGGGGACCAACAGCUUGGGAGAGCAAGAAGCAAGUGGACCAAGCAUUGAGCUCGGUGGAGUCCGAGUACAUGGCACUCUUCCGUGCCAUAAGAGAGGUUGUGUGGCAGCGGCGUUUGCUAGCUGAAUUGGGGGAGGAGCAGCAAGGACCUACCCCACUCUACUGUGAUAGCCAAGGUGCUAUUGCAUUGGCUAAGAACCCCGUUCUUCAUGGCCUUACCAAGCACAUGAAGGUGAAGUGGCAUUGGGUGAGGAGCAUGGUAACCGCGGGUGAAGUGGAGUUGCACUACGUGAAGACGACGGCGCAACCAGCUGAUAUGAUGACCAAGAGGCUGGUUGAGCAGCAGCAUUGGAAGUGUUGCAAGCUUGCGGGGAUGGCUCUGAACUAAGGGGAGCAGAUUCUAAGGCCAACAAUCCGAGGGG